GUAUCGUUUUUAACUCAUUUAACCAAAACUCAGAUCAUCAGAAGUCAAAAAGAACCAAAUCUUUUGCUAUAACAAUUGACGUUAUAUUUCAUUGAAAUAAUAAUAAUAACUAUGAAUAUGAUGUGAUUGAAAUCAAAAAUGAAACUGUCACUAGGUACCAAUAUUUUUGAUUAGAGAUUUCUCUCUAUGACUUAUCUUUGGUUAUUCUAAUUGUACUUUACUAAGGGAUGGCUAUCAAAUAUCUGUUGCAGUAUGAUCAUAAUAGUUAACAUUUCUGAAUAUUUUUCACAGGAACAGAAUCGAUACAGAUUUCAGAUUGUUUGAUUCGAUUUGGAGUUUGUUGAUGAACACAACUUGAAUUAGCAAUGUCUAAUUGAUUUUGUCUACCAAUGAUGUAUCAACGAAAAUAUCUCCAAUAAUAGUAAAGAAUAUCUUCGAAAUAAUAUAAUUUAUUCAAAAUAGUCAACUAAAUGAGUGUUUGCAGUCAUAAUAGAAGAGUUCAGCUCAUUGUACGAAUACCUUUUAAGUUAAAUUGAGUAAAACAUCAAAAAGUUCGAUUCCGUUCGGGCUUUAGUCUCUUCUAUGAUGACGAAUGAUAGAACACUUUGAUCGAUCCUCUUUUGUUUGAAUAUAUAUUCUACGAAAGUCUUCUAUUUAGAACAAUCGAUAAUUCAUCAUCAUCAACAACAAUAAUUGAUCAAACACUAUCGUUAAAUACAAAUGAAACAAGUCAAUUGACAUUAUUAUCACAAAUAAGUGAUAAAACAAAAGCAUGUGUAUUGUCAUUAAUCAAAGAAUUAGGAAAACAUUAUAUUAAACCUAUGUAA